GAACAUCUCUUCGCAGAUCCUGUAUGACCAACACUUGGGUUUUAGUCCGAUUCCAUACUUGGAAAUCUCUUUCCUAGAUGACCCUUGUUUACUAGAUUGUUUGUGACAUAUUUGUCGCUCCUCCCUACACUUCCUUGACAAAUCAAAUUAACAUUCACAACAUCGGGUAAAAACAGCCCGUUUCCGUGUAACCAACACCCCAUUGACGUGCACAUGCAAUAUUUCCUAUUGAUUAUACAGGUAUGCUGCAUAUAGACAUAGUACGUAUAAAUAUCCGCCUACUUUUUGUUCCUUUCUCCAGCUGUGUUUUUGGUAGCAAGGCCUGGCCUCAAAUCCACCCUAGUCAUCAAAAUAGCUCUCUUGGUUGAACAACGAAUCCCUACAUCCAGGAUGCAGCCUCCCCUACCGUCCGCCACGCCGACCUGGCACAACAACACCUACGCAACCAUCUCACCACAAAGACGCGAACUCAGUGCGGCGGGCAAAACGGUCAUUAUCAUCGGCGCGGGCACCGGCAUCGGCCGAGAAACAGCUAAGGCGUACGGUAGCGCCGGAGCGGCUCGUCUUGUCCUCGUCGGCCGCAAUGAAUACUCACUGAAUGAGACGGCAUCUUCGCUGCCUCGCGAAAUUUCUAGCUUAGUCUGCGUUGCAGAUGUCACCCAGGAUAAGAGAAUGCAAGACGUCGCACGCUCGGUUGGCAUGUGGGACAUCAUAGUGCUCUGUGCCGCCUACGUCUCCGACCCGUCACCGAUGGCCUCGGCCAAUAUAGACGAGUGGUGGCUCAGCUUUGAGACAAACACGAAAGGCACUUUCGUUGCCAUUAAGACAUUCCUUCCCACCGCCAAUCCCUCCAAGGCUACCAUACUGGCGCUGACCACGGGCACUACGGCUAUGCCGGCGGCGAUGAUACCCGGAUUGUCGGCAUAUAUGGCAUCGAAGCUCGCUCAGACCAAGAUAAUGGAGUUCCUCGCGGCCGAGAACCCGAAUGUCUUUGCUGCGACCGUCCAUCCCGGCAUGGUCGAGACUGGCAUCUUCACCAAGAGCGGCGCCAAGGCCGAGAUGCUACCUAUGGACAAAGUUCAACUUCCCGCCCAUUUCUUGGUUUGGAUGUCGAGCUCGGAAGCCGCGUUCCUGAAUGGUCGCUCGGUUUGGGCUAACUGGGAUGUGGAGGAGCUCAAGGCCCAGGCGAACAGCAUUCAGUCGGGCAUUUACAUGACGAGCGGUAUCAAUGGCUGGCCUUAUACAAACAUGUAAUCACUGGCUAAUAUUACAAACUUGGAACAAGUCAUGGUCGGCCGCAUAUGAGUUUUUCUACCCAGACUAUAUUGGGUGUUUACGAAGCAGAACACCCUAAUACAAGCUCAAGAAUGGAAACUAGAUAUUUGAAAAUAGCGAAUCCUUAGGUUGCAUCUAUACAACAAAUAUAGAGGCUUCAGUCGUUCCUUC